AUGGAAGAAAAACAGGCUGCAGCUCUGUCUUUGGACAGGAAUCCACUGAGCCAAAAAGAAACGGUUCCUGAUAUGACCGGGAGCUCAGGGUCAGAAAUAGUUGCAGAGGAUGAAGAUUUCCACCAUUACUUUAAAUACUGCAAAAUCUCAGCAUUGGCCCUCCUGAAAAUGGUGAUGCACGCCAGGUCAGGGGGCAACUUGGAAGUGAUGGGCUUGAUGCUUGGAAAGGUGGACGGCGAGACAAUGAUCAUCAUGGACAGUUUCGCUUUGCCAGUGGAGGGCACGGAAACCCGGGUCAAUGCGCAGGCUGCUGCCUACGAGUACAUGGCCGCAUACAUCGAGAACGCCAAACAGGUUGGCCGUCUGGAAAAUGCAAUUGGCUGGUAUCACAGCCACCCUGGCUACGGCUGCUGGCUCUCCGGGAUUGAUGUUAGCACACAGAUGCUCAAUCAGCAGUUCCAGGAGCCAUUCGUUGCAGUCGUAAUUGAUCCAACAAGAACCAUAUCUGCAGGGAAAGUGAACCUCGGCGCCUUUCGGACCUACCCAAAGGGUUACAAACCACCUGAUGAAGGACCUUCUGAAUACCAGACGAUCCCGCUCAAUAAAAUAGAAGAUUUUGGUGUACACUGCAAACAAUAUUACGCCUUGGAAGUUUCAUAUUUCAAAUCCUCUUUGGAUCGCAAAUUGCUUGAACUUUUAUGGAAUAAAUACUGGGUGAAUACACUGAGUUCUUCUAGCUUGCUUACCAAUGCAGACUACACCACUGGCCAGGUCUUUGAUUUGUCUGAAAAGCUGGAGCAAUCGGAAGCCCAGCUAGGACGAGGGAGCUUCAUGCUGGGCUUAGAGACGCAUGACCGGAAGUCAGAGGACAAACUCGCCAAAGCGACGAGGGACAGUUGUAAAACGACCAUAGAAGCUAUCCACGGAUUGAUGUCUCAGGUUAUUAAGGAUAAGCUGUUCAAUCAAAUUAACAUCUCUUGAACCACCACUGCGUAAUACUCUUGCCUGAAAAUCAGCAGGAGAAAAAUAAUCAAGCAAAAUUUUAAAACCAGUUACCAAAAAUCUAAUUAGGAGUCUAAAGUGCUCUGAAGUGUCGUGAAUAGUAAUAACCUUUAAUAAAGCGCUUUAAAAUGAAAA